AGGGUCUUCUUCGCCUUAAACUUACCAGACUGCCAUUAACGCGAUCAGAACAAAUUUUAGAGGCAGUAUGAUGCAUUGGGCUUCAGCAGUUUUAGUUUUGCACUUUACAGAUUUCUGCAUUUGCUCGCCGCUACUUCCCAUGCAUACAAAUCACUGGGAGCAUCAAAGAGGGCCACGGCAGCAACAAAUGGAUUAUCUUCAAGAUAAAGACAACCGCCGUUUAGGUGACUCAUCUUUUCUUAUUGCGUGUCUUGGUAAUUCGGAAAAUGAAAUCGAGAAAGCAGCAGAACUAUGCGGAAGAGACUUGAAGUGUUUGGAAAAUCACUUGAGCAAUGUCAUUUUCUUAUGUUUGUCAAAGAGAGACAUGUCUGACGUACAAGAAUUAAAACUCGAGACAGUACUUAACAAUGAAAACAGUUUCCUUCCCUGCAUGUUUCAAUGCCUCGGCAAAUCAUUACCUGAGAUCUUCAUCAUAUGGGGUGAAUGCAGAGAAAACAUCAGCUGUUGGGCCCAGAAGAUUGGUGGAAUAGUCAGAGAUUGUUUAUCUGAGUGCAAUAGAGGUGUAGAGAAUGACGAACCAAAUGAUUCGCUUGGCUUUUAUUCUGGGCGCCUUGACGAUGAAACUUUAGGUCCAAAAGUUGAGGCACAGCGGGAAGAUAUUACUGAUCUUGGUGCGGGUAUUAAAAAGGUGGAUUUGAAAUUCAUUAAGUGCGUGGCGUCGUGUCUGAAGACUAAUGCUUUUCACAUAUGGAACAUAUUCCGCAAGUGCAAGUACGACUUUCAUUGUUACGCCAUAGAGCUCGGCAAGGAAGCGCUGUCCUGUGUGGAAAGCUGUAUAGUCGAAGUUGGUCUGGUCCCGGGGAGGUUAACCUGGAGUCCAGGGCCCGUGACAGAAACAAAGAUUACAUUAGUGCGGAUGCGGAGACUGUUCAAAUUGAUCAGACCCUCAGAAUAG